AUGGCACCUCCACUCAACUCUCAAGACGAUCGUGCAGCGUUUGUUGACGCUUGUAUUAACAAGCGUAAGAAAGCGAUGCAUGCCUGGGAGUCACUUGGCUUGAUCAGUGAGAAGUUACACGAUGAGCAACACGGGUACUUUGUCAACAAGGAAAAGGCCGACAAGGCUAACGAACUGCAAAGGGUGGUUGAGGGAAUAGCAAAGUCGUUUGCUACGUCGUAUCGUGGCACCAUUGAAGAACUCCAUACUUACCUGGCUGAAGAGAAUGCCUUCUCGGAAGAUGUCCUCCGGCUUGGACAAGAAUUUGGAGUAAAGAUAUGGGGCCGUAUAGAAGACGGUGAAAUACGCUCGUCAGGCGAAUCCCAAGGAAACGGCAUCGAGGAGCAGGACUGGGACGACUCGAAAGACCGCCAGAAUAUUCUGUUCUACAUCCGAUGCUGGCUCAUAUGUACCGUGGUCAGAGAGUACAAGGCGACUCCACGAAAAGGCAAAGCGAAAGGGCGAACACGGGACUUGAGCCCAUCUCAAGAUAAUCAAAAUGAAGAUACCGUCGACGAUCUCGCGGAGUCUGAUAACCCUAGGAUCAUAGGCGUAUCAUUUAAAGCGCCAGAGCCACCACCUACCAGUGCCAACGGGAAUGCUGCAAGCACCAGUUUCACCUCCGUGAAUAAGACCACAACACCAAGUAAGAGGAAAGCGCAAUAUUCCCACGAACGGACACCUUCUGGGAAGCUCCCGAAGCCUUCAAAGGGCGGUCGAACGAUUCCUGUCCUCACUAAUCAGUCACGAGAUCCCUACUCGAUUCCCAUAUCUCCUCCCGCUUUAUCCCCCAUAUCCCCUCCUGCGUUUCCGAACCUGGGCCGCUCAUCGUUUCAAAGACGAAGAGAAACCACAUACGACUCAGAUGCGACUUGGGCACCGCCUCGUGAAGAAACCGCAGACGCGGAAACGGUGGUCGAUGCGGAAGAGGUCAAUCUUGGAGAAGUCGACUCGCGAAUCCAGAACGACAUCGCCACAUCUAAUGCGGACGACAUGCAGUACGAGUACGAUAACGACAUCAACAACGCCGCCGGCCCAUCAGGCACCUACCGAAACCCGCUCAGACAAGACUCCGUUAUACCAGACACACAAACGCAAAACGAUGCAGUAGACGCUAUCAUCUACCCUCCAAGUGGCCAAAUCAUCCAAAUCGACGAAGAUACAUCGAGUGAUGCAUAUACCGACGCUAUAAUCCGUUCGCUCAUCUCCGACCCAUCCCCAACGACGCGGCGAACGCGCAUCUACCGUCUCGAACUCUACAGACUACUCGUCUCCUAUCUAAAUGGCAUCAAGAACUUCGACCCUACCAACUACGACUCCGCUGCGGAAGAACGCAUGGACUUUCUACUCAACCAAUUUCACUGCACCGACGCUGAUGCCUGGCAUUCUGAUCACAACGAUAGUGCGCUUCGCCUGCAUCUCGCAUUUGAGAAGUGGAUGAGUAUGCGUCACCGUCUCGCCGCGUUUCGCAGCGUAACAGGAUAUUUUGGCCCGCCGGGGAGGCAGUGGGAGGAACAUUUGCGGGGGUUGGAUGAUGUGCCGCAUGCGGAAGCUAUUCUAGCUUUUGUGGAUUUGAAGGAUCCCGGGGAUGGGGAAGAGGGAGGAAGGGUGCUAGGUGAUGGGUUUGACAAUGAUCUCAUGAUGAUAUUUGAUGGAUUAACGAAGUUCCAGGAUUGUAAUGGGCCGGAGGCUUUCAAGGGGGUGAGGAAGUUUAAUGAGAGGUUGUUGGUGUGGUUUAGGGAUGAGUGA